UAGGGGUUAGAGUCUACAUGGUGAGGAGUGAAAUCAUCCUGAUUGUGCACCUAUCACCAUGGUUGAGACCCGUACUGGGUUAGAGACUAAUCCCUAUAGUCAGGAGCAGCAAGAAAAGAUGGCUGCCUUAGUCAGAGAGAGUAGGGAGAGGAAAGAGCGUGAGAAGCAAGCGAAGCUAAAGGCUAUCGCAGAUGAACAAGCGUCGAAAAUAAAGAGAUUGGAGGAGGAGAUGAAGAAAGUACAACAAGAGGAGGAAGAAAGAAGAAAAGUUGCUGAAGCAGAAGCGGCAGCAGAAGAAGAGAAAGAGAGGAUGAGGAUUGAGAGUGGAGAAGGGAGUAGUGGUGGCACGAUGACAAGGGAAACAGAUACAGGGCUAGAGAAGAAGAUCAGUGAGUGGGUCGCUAAUUUAUCGUUGGGGGAAGACGAGGAGGCGGAGUCCUAUGUAACUAAGGAUGAGAAGGCUGCGCUGGCCGCCGAGCUAGCAGCCAUGACAGACCCGAUGGAACGAAGAGAGAGGGAGGAGGAACAAAAAUUAGCAUGGAAGCUGAGGAUGAAGAGAGAGAAGAAGAAGAGGAGGGAGGAAGUGAACAAGAUGACCGCAGAGGUGACAAAGGUGCAGGAGUGUAGAGGGGAGGUGCUGGCCCAACCAGACGAUAAGGCCAAGUGGGACAAAGUACUGGGGUAUCUGGAGGUGUUGAGCAAGGCCUGGAUGGAGGAGCGCCAGGCAAGCUGGAGCCAGGAUGUAGUGUUGAGUGCCAUGCAGUCAGGGUUUAGAGAUUUCGCGCGCGAGUUCGUCACCCAUAUUGGAGGCGAAGUGAAGCAAUUGAGAGAUAAUGUAGGGAAGUUUUGUGAGGGCGCCAUUCAGGGUGCCAAAGCUGUAGCCGCUGUAGAGGGAGAGGCCAGACCCCGUAAGGAYCCAGUGAAACUCAAGUUCCCAGAUGCGUACGGGGGGAAGAAGGAAGARAACUUUGACAACUGGGAAGCCAAUGUCAAUAUAGUCUACUUAGAUGAUAUCCUAGUCUUUAGUAAGACCCUCCAGGAGCACCGGGGUCAUCUGAGGCAGGUCUUGGAGAAGCUUAGAGAGGCUAACUUCAAGAUCAACGCGAAGAAGUGCGAGUGGGCCAAGACGCAAGUCUUAUACUUGGGCCACGUGUUGGACGGAGAUGGCAUUAAGCCAGAGGACAGCAAGAUCGCGGCGAUCAGAGAUUGGCCGACGCCCCGCACAUUGACAGAGUUGCGGUCGUUCCUAGACUUAGCUAACUACUUUAGGAAGUUCGUAAGGAACUUCUCUACUAUCGCCGCUCCCUUGCGCAGGUUGCUGAAGAAAGAGGCAAUCUGGCAAUGGGACAAAGACUGUAUGUCUGCGCUCAAGAAGCUAAAACGCGCGUUAAUAGAAUAUCAUGUCCUCAAAGUUGCAGAUCCGUCUUUGCCAUUUGUCGUCACCACGGACGCGAGUCAGUAUGGGAUAGGCGGUGUGUUGCAGCAAGAUGACGGCAAUGGCUAUAGACCCGUAGAGUUCAUGUCAGCGAGGAUGCCCUGUGAGAAGGUCGCUACCUCCACGUACGAGAGAGAACUCUACGCUCUCAGGCAGGCUUUAGACCAUUGGAAGCACUACCUGCUUGGGAGGCACUUCAAAGUCUAUUCGGACCAUGAAACGCUUAGAUGGUUGAAGACCCAGGCCAAGAUGAUACCUAAGUUGACUAGGUGGGCCGCAGAGAUAGACCAAUUCGACUUUGAGGUCAAGCCAGUGAAGGGCAAGUAUAACGUGGUUGCGGAUGCUCUAAGUAAGAGAUAAGACUACUUUGGAGUUGUAGUACACUAUCUGGAUAUAGGGAAAGACCUGCAGGAGAAAGUGAAGCAAGUGUAUGCGCAGGACCCUAUCUAUAACGACCUCCUAAAGAGAGUUAGAGAGACCCCAAAGACCGAACCAGAUUACCGCACUACAGACGGGUUGUUGUUCGAGAAGACUAAUGUGUUUGACCGUCUGUGCGUUCCUAACAGCGAAGAGAUCCGCAGUUUGGUUUUAGGGGAAUGCCACGAUACUGAAGGGCAUUUCGGUUGGCAAAAGAYAUUAGCCAACCUGAUGCGUGCGUAUACCUGGCCAGGGAUGAAGAAUGACUGCAUAGAGUAUGUCCGCAGUUGUAAAGUGUGSCAGAGAAAUAARUCUACUACACRCGCGCCCUUAGGUCUUCUCAGRCCCUUGCCUAUYMYGGAUUAGCCGGGAGACUCAGUGUCUAUAGACUUC